UGUCGCCAGUUGAUGACGCAAUGUUAAUGGCCGCUUGCGCUGUGCCGUGCCGGAUAUUUCAUUUUCCUCGCCGUAUGGGUUAAAAUUCAUUGUUUUACUCGCGGUGAUCUUUUAAUAGGAUUCUCUGUGGGCAGAGGCAGUUGUUAACGCCAAAGUGCCGUGCUUAAAGACCUACGAGCGGGCAAGGUGAUAAAAAUGUGUCGAUCGUAGCAGUUCAAAAGAGUGGUCGCGUUGUUAGCUUAGCUUCAGUCUAGCAUGCAUUGUAAAUGGAAGUAAAUUAACCGAUUGUAGCAGAGACUUCUUUAAAAAUGGAAUACUAGGAGUACCGUAUUGCUAAGUAGACGUCUUUCUUCUUUUCCCUCGUUGAUGUCUGAGGUUAAGUUGCGCUCGUCGCUGUGUUUCUUCGUUCAGGCCCUAGCAUUAGCUGCAUUAGCUGUCAUGUCUCGCCACAGGUGAACUUAUUGACUUGGCCGUGUUGUGUUGUGCUAAAGACACAACUUGAUAUUGGGUAAUGGAUACUCCUGAGAGCCCGAGCCAGUCCCCUCAGUCGCCCGAGGAGGAGGAGCGAGCCCUCUCCGACAGUGAGCUGCUGGGCUCUGUGGACGGUGAUGCAAGCAAGGCAAUAUCAGACAGUGAAAUUGUUCCAGAGGAGAAUUAUGCUGAUGAAGAUGAGGCAGAGGAAAGCGGAGAACAAGCAUCCAGAUUAGCAGAGGAUGGACAGGAGAAGGAUGAAAUGGUCCCAGAUUUUGUCUCGGACCCAGAGGAGGACGAGCCAAUCAGAGACGUAGAACAAGUGGACAAGUCAAUUGUUCUGAUGGAGGAGGAGGAGGAGGAGGAGGAAGGGGAAGAAGUAUCUGGUAUUAACGCAGAAGAAGAGGAGAAAAGGGUGACUGAUACUCCACUUUCUCCUAACUCUGAACCUGACAGAGAGGAUAUCCAGGAGAAGGUAUACAGUGAGGAAGAGGAUGAGGACAAUGGCAAACCUGAUGAAGAAUCUGAGACAAGGAGGACAUCGGUGGCAGUGCGGGAGAUAAAGAAUGACUCUCCGUCUGUGUCUCGAGAAUUAGAUGAGCAUGAGCUGGACUAUGACGAGGAGGUUCCAGAGGAGCCUACUGUUCCUCUGCCUGAAGAAGAGGAGGAAGAGGAGGCAAAGACUGAAGGAGAGGUAGAGACAGAGAGCAGCAAAAGGAAAGAGAAGAAGCCCAUCCUUCCACCAUCUCCCACAGACAACAGAAAGAAUGAAGAGGGGCGAACCCGUAGAGACUCAUUUCGAGACAAGAGAAAUGAUGACGACGAUGGGGAGAUUGAUGAAGGAGAAAUUGAUGAUGAAGACUUGGAGGAAGGGGAGGUUAAGGACCCCUCAGACAGGAAGAUUCGACCAAGGCCUAUCUGUAGGUUCUUCAUGAAAGGAAACUGUACUUGGGGUAUGAACUGCAGAUUCAUUCACCCAGGGGUCAAUGACAAAGGAAACUAUUCCCUCAUCACAAAGCCAGACCCCUUCUCUCCAAAUGGAGCACCUCCUGGAGGACCACACCCUCUCAUGCCCAAUAAUCCCUGGGCUGGACCAGCAGUGGAGGAACUCCCUCCACCACCUCCACCCGUUGAGCCUCCUGUGGAAAGCGCCUGGGAAAGAGGUCUCAGACAUGCCAAAGAGGUGCUGAAGAAGGCCACCAUGAGGAAGGAGCAGGAGCCUGACUUUGAAGAGAAGCGUUUUAAUGUGACCAUUGGAGAGGACGAGCGAGAGUUUGACAAAGAGAAUGACUUCUUCCGAGAGCGCAGCUACCGCAUCAUCAGAGAUGAGAUGGACUUUCGAGAUCCUGUUUAUGGUGAUCCUUAUGCUGACCCUUACUAUGACUAUGAAAUGGAAGCAUUGUGGCGAGGUGGCCAGUAUGAAAACUUCAGAGUGCAGUAUACCGAAGCACCUCUGCCAUACCACUACAAUGACCGUGAGCGAGACCUCCGAGAGCGGCCCCGGGACAGAGAGAGGGAGCGGGAUCACCGGGAGAGGGAGCGCCGGCAGAGAGAGAGGGAAAGAGAGCGUGAGAGAGAGAGGCUGCGACGCAAAGACGAGUGGGAGCGGGACCGCAUGAAGAGGGAGGACAAGGAGCGGCCGAGGCUGCGACCCCCACGUGAGGCCCGCGAAAAGAAAGAUGAGGAGAAACUGAAGGGCCAGACAGACCUUGGCGUCCAGCCAAACAGACCUAUGGAGCCUCCAUUGAAGAAGGACUCAGUUCCCAUGGCGAUGAGGCGACCAGAUGAGUGGAAGGACCCUUGGCGAAGGUCCAAAUCUCCACGGAGACGUCCCAACACGGGCUCUCCACUGAGAGGCCGCCGCAGGCACCGUCCUUCAGGGUCCUCUGUGUCUCUUUCAAACUCAUCCAGGUCAUCGUCUCGUUCCUCAUCCUACACAGGCUCAGGCUCCUCUCGCUCUCGAAGCCGCUCCUCCUCCUUCAGCUCUUACACCAGUCAUUCUUCUCAGCACAGCUCUUUCAGUGGAAGCCGCUCCAGGUCUCGAUCUUUCUCUUCGUCUCCAUCUCGGAGUCCGGCACCACUAAAAAAUUCAAAGAACAGACUAGUCCCUCUUCAAGGUCCAAAAGGUGCUCCACUGAAGGCUGGUGCCAUGCCCCCUCCUCGCAGGGACAAGCCUCCCAUAAAGAAAGCCCCCAGUCCUCCUCCUCCUCCUGGGCCACAGGGCAGACCUCCGAAAACUUCAGCCGAGCCAGCCAAACCCCCCAUAACUCCCAGGGAGCCUCCAGGGAGCGGUGCCUCUGUGGGAGGGGCAACUGCAGGACGACCUGCUCCUCCAAAAGAGCCGGCAAAACCUCCCAAUCCUCGGGAAGGCCGACGUAAAGAGCGCCAUGUUCCAAGAAGGAGGACAGUGAGUGGCAGUGCCAGUGGAAGUGGCAGCAGUUACAGCGGCUCCAGCUCCAGGUCCAGAUCUUCCUCAAAUUCCCUCUCACGCUCCGGAUCCAGGAAGUCCAGAUCAUUGAGUGUAAGCAGUGUGUCAUCUGUGUCGUCGGCCUCUUCCAGCAGCAGCUCUGUGCGCAGUGCAGACUCUGACGACAUGUACGCAGACCUGGCCAGCCCUGUGUCCUCCGCCAGCUCCCACUCUCCUUCACCAGGCCGCAGCCGCAAGGACCGAGAGGGGCCAAGAGACCGGCCACUGCACAGCAGAGACAAGGCCAGAGAGCGACCCUCUAAGAAAGAGGAAGGCUUGAGGGAGGAGCGCAGGAAGAUGGAUCAGGCUGGUGGUCCACCGCAAAGAGGUAACCCUGUUCCCAGGUCGGGUCCAGGGAGUAGAGGUGCUCACCCUUCACCUGGCAGCAUUGGACCUCCAGCCAGCUAUGGAGGAUCAGGUUCCCACAAAGACAUCAAACUGACUCUUCUCAAUAAGCAACAGGCCGACAAAGGCAACAGGAAGAGGUACCUGCCUUCAGACAAAGACAGGCCCGGGUCUCCUGCCAGCAAGAGGAUGGUGCUCUCUCCGGACAGAGGGCGAGACAAGAGGACUCUUGGCCGAGCUCCACCUUCUCCUCGAGCUGAGCGACUCAAAGCCCCAGGAACACGGCCCGUGGGUCUGCAGGGGGACAGGAAACGUCCCAUGUCACCACCUCCAAAAUCAUCAGGAAAAGGACAAGGAGUUCCCUCUGCCAAAGUCGCAGCCCCUGGCUCUGUCUCAGCUGCCAGCACAGGGUCCAGCAAACCCAGCAACACACUGUCUCGCCGUGAGGAGCUGCUGAAACAACUGAAAGCAGUUGAGGACGCCAUUGCUCGCAAACGAGCUAAGAUGCCGACCAAAUAGGCAGGAUUUCUCCUAUCCUGCGUCAGUGUUGCUUCAUGAAGCGGAGGCCUGCCUCUUGUUGAACAUGUAAUAAAAAAAAUUUGUGGUUCAUGUGCAAAGGCCAAUGCGUGAAAUUAUGGCAAGUCCAUUGUCUUGUUUGCCCCUCAGAGAUCCUUUGAGAGCAGGACAUUGAAGUUUGGUCUGGGGACCAUCUCAUGAAAGGAUUCAAACAAAAGACAGGAGAGUCUGAUCACAGCCUCCUCUCAUGCUGCCUCCCAGUAAACGAGAUGAUCAGACUGCCUCUCCUUUUUUUUUGUCUUUUAUUUUUUUCACCGUUUCCCUAUUGGCAUAUUUUUACAGACUCAUAAUCAUUAUUUCUGCUUUGUCUUGGUCAUGUAAGCAUUGGUACCUAAAGUGUUGUCCAAUAAUAGGAAUUUACUCAAUUCAGCUUAUGAGUAUACAGUUGUGACGUGUAUGGCUUUCAUAAAAAAAAAGUGGCAGCAGUUUCUUUCUCAUGAACCCGUGUUUUAUUUGUCUUAUUUUAGUUUGAGAAAUGAGAGACGGACUUGUAUGGAAGAUCAUUUGUAUCAUCAGAUUUUGAAUUUUAAAUGCUUUUGAAUCCUUCACUUUGAAUUUUGUAACCCUGAAAAAACAUGUUUGAAUUGUUUUCUUUCUGAAGUUCAAUGCAGAAAUUUUAAGUAUACAUUUUCAAUCUUUAAAAAUUCAGAUUGAAAAAUUCACUUUUUAAAGUGAGAACAAAUAUUUUCAAGUCCUCAAAUUCAGCAGGCAAAAUUCAGAGUGUAAAAUUUGCAGUGAAAAAUUGCAGCAAAGAUCCAAGAUGCUGAGGCAUAAGCAAUCGAUUGUGACUGACUAUUUAAAAGGUGUAUUUUUAAAUUAGAAUUUUUAAACACAUUGAAAAUGGAAAUUUGGUAAUUGAACUUUAGAAUGAAAAUAAUUCAAACAUGUUUUGAAUUUAAAAUUCAAAAACAUUUAAAAGUCAAAAUCUGAUGAGACAAUCUUCUAUAGACUUGUAGAAAUAAUAAAUGUCAUGCUUUUGUGAUAAAAGCCUUCUAAAUAAACUAUUUUGAU